AUGGAGACUUACUACGGACACGUUCGCACCCCAGCGGACGCUAUCAUCUUAUUCGAGGCCUGUCGCAUUGGUCUGCUGCCACGAGUACAACGCCGUCUUUCGGAGAAGGAGCGACAGUCGAUCAGAUCCGGAUCAGUAUUUGUCUGGGAUGAGCGGGAAGCGGGUAUGCGCCGAUGGACGGACGGCAAAUCAUGGAGCGCCAGUAGAGUGUCCGGCAGCUUUCUCACAUAUCGAGAGAUGGAAGGGAAGCGGGGUGGUGGCAGUGUAUCACAGGGUUCCAUGCCCAGAACAGGCAAGACACCGGAAAGCAGAGGAAGCGACGAGGAGCGAGGUGACGGCACAGACGAAGGUCCUGAUGGAUACCGGUAUAAGCCUGAUGGCUUAAUGAAACAGUCAUUCAGUAUCACGACCUCGACGGGCCAGCACCUUCACCUGAUCAGCUACUAUGCUCGCGCGCACUCGUCUGCCAUGUCUCUACAACAACCCACUACAGAUCCCGCACUGCGCCAUGUCCGCCCCCAGAAGGGUCUGUAUCCGGAGUCAACUGUCAACGAUCAACAAAACUUGCCUGUGGUCACUCGUGGACCUAUGCCUGGAGCUGCGUACCCCAUCACUCCUCAUCCCAUCGGCCCAUAUCCUCGCGCCACCCAUGCGCCUUCAUACCAACAGCCCUCGUACGCAUGGCCUCCAACACCCUUAGCCACACCACCGACAGUGUCGGUCCAUUACGGUCCAGGCUAUCCCCAACUUGUGCCUGGUAACGGUCCACCAUAUGGCCACCCGCAACAUCCACACACACAUCAUGCGCUCCCACCACCUCCCCAUGGGCCGGUCUACGACCGUUCACACCCAGAAGCAAACCUCCCUCCCGGCCCACCACCAGGCUACCCUGGUCGAUCACCUCGCACCAUCCACGAGCCUGCCCAAGGAAGCCCGCGAGGCUACGGACAACCCAUGGCCGAUCCCCGCCUCGCCUCUCCCCGCGUCGUUGCCGCACCUGGUGCACCGUCAAACGGUAUCGCGCAAAGUCCACACAUGUUGAAGCAACAUCUUGGGCCCAUCGGCACUCCACCAAAAUCCGAUCCAGCCGGUCCCCCAGGUGCCGUUCCUAGUAUUGGAAACCUUAUGGCCAGUGCAUCUCUAGCCCCAAUCUCCUCUGGUGGUCCUCCGGGACCGGGAAGUCCCAAUUCCGCUCGUCCCGGUCCCAUGGGCGAAGGUCCCCGCGACAUUCCAAACGAGAAGAUCGGAUUUGGAGGUGAAGAUAUGAGAGCCUUGCGCCAAUUAGACCGUGUGUUCACCGCAUGA